GCGGGCGGGAUGCCCCGAGGCCGCCGCACUCGUCGGGCCGGAGCGCAGCGCUGAGCCACCGCCCGCGCGCCAUGGAGCAGUGGCGGCAGUGCGGCCGCUGGCUCAUCGACUGCAAGGUCCUGCCGCCCAACCACCGGGUCGUGUGGCCCUCGGCGGUGGUCUUCGAUCUGGCGCAGGCGCUGCGCGACGGAGUCCUGCUGUGCCAGCUGCUGCACAACCUGUCCCCUGGCUCCAUCGACCUCAAGGACAUCAACUUCCGGCCGCAGAUGUCCCAGUUCCUGUGUUUGAAGAACAUCCGCACCUUCCUCAAAGUCUGCCACGAUAAGUUUGGGCUGAGGAGCAGCGAGCUGUUCGACCCCUUUGAUCUCUUCGAUGUUCGUGACUUCGGGAAGGUCAUCUCGGCGGUGUCUCGGCUCUCCCUACACAGCAUCGCGCAGAACAAAGGGAUCAGGCCUUUUCCCUCCGAGGAGACCGCGGAGAACGAUGACGACGUCUACCGCAGCCUGGAGGAGCUGGCUGAUGAACAUGACCUGGGCGAGGACAUCUACGACUGCGUCCCAUGCGAGGACGAGGGGGACGACAUCUACGAGGACAUCAUCAAGGUGGAGGUGCAGCAGCCCAUGAUCAGGUACAUGCAGAAAAUGGGCAUGACCGAGGAUGACAAGAGGAGCUGCUGCCUGCUGGAGAUUCAGGAGACCGAGGCCAAGUACUACCGGACCCUGGAGGACAUCGAGAAGAACUACAUGGGCCCCCUGCGGCUGGUGCUGAGCCCGGUGGACAUGGCGACCGUCUUCAUCAACCUGGAGGACCUCAUCAAGGUGCACCACAGCUUCCUGCGGGCCAUCGACAUGUCCAUGAUGGCAGGGGGUGGCACCCUGGCCAAGGUCUUCCUGGAGUUCAAGGAGAGGCUCCUGAUCUACGGUGAGUACUGCAGCCGCAUGGAGCACGCCCAGAGCACACUGAACCAGCUGCUGGCCAGCCGAGAGGACUUCAGGCAGAAAGUGGAGGAGUGCACGCUGAAGGUCCAGGAUGGCAAGUUCAAGCUGCAGGACCUGCUGGUGGUGCCCAUGCAGCGUGUGCUGAAGUACCACCUGUUGCUCAAGGAGCUCCUGAGCCAUUCUACUGACCGGCCAGAGCGGCAGCAGCUCAAAGAAGCACUGGAAGCCAUGCAGGAUUUGGCAAUGUACAUCAACGAGGUGAAGCGGGACAAGGAGACCUUGAAAAAGAUCAGCGAGUUCCAAAGCUCCAUUGAGAACCUGCAAGUGAAACUGGAGGAAUUUGGGAGGCCAAAGAUCGACGGCGAGCUGAAAGUCCGCUCCAUUGUCAACCACACCAAGCAGGACAGGUACCUGUUCCUGUUUGACAAGGUGGUCAUCGUGUGCAAGCGGAAGGGCUACAGCUAUGAGCUGAAGGAGGUCAUUGAGCUGCUUUUCCACAAGAUGACCGAUGACCCCAUGCACAAUAAGGACAUCAAGAAGUCUCAUGGGAAAAUGUGGUCCUACGGCUUCUACCUGAUCCACCUCCAAGGGAAGCAGGGCUUUCAGUUCUUCUGCAAGACAGAGGACAUGAAGCGGAGGUGGAUGGAGCAGUUCGAGAUGGCCAUGUCCAACAUCAAGCCAGACAAAGCCAACGCCAACCACCACAGCUUCCAGAUGUACACGUUCGACAAGACCACCAGCUGCAAGGCCUGCAGGAUGUUCCUCCGGGGCACCUUCUACCAGGGCUACCUGUGCACCAGGUGUGGCGUAGGGGCCCACAAGGAGUGCCUGGAGGUGAUGCCCCCCUGCAAGAUCACUUCCCCUGCAGACCUGGACACCUCUGGAGCAGGACCUGGGCUCUCAGUGCCCUGUGUCCUUGUGCUGGGUCCUGGUUUGCUCCCUGUCCGGAGGCUCGAGGCAUCAGAACCCGCAGAAACCCCAGUGCGGCUCACGCUGUGCAGUCGUCUAAACAUCACCCAGGAAAGACAAAAACUCGGACAGUGCUGCUGCUCCUGCUGGGCCCCUGGCCCCAAGAUGGUGGCAGUGCAGAAUUACCACGGCAACCCUGCCCCUCCUGGCAAGCCUGUGCUCACCUUCCAGACCAGCGACGUGAUUGAGCUGCUGCGGGGCGACCCUGAGUCACAGUGGUGGGAGGGGCGGCUGGUGCAGACCAGGAAGUCCGGGUACUUUCCCAGCUCGUCUGUGAAGCCCUGCCCAGUGGACGGAAGGCCACCCAUCAGCCGGCCGCUGUCCCGGGAGAUGGACUACACUGCCUACCCCUGGUUUGCAGGCAACAUGGAGAGGCAGCAGACGGACAACCUGCUCAAGGGCCAUGCCAGCGGCACCUACCUCGUCCGGGAGCGGCCCGCGGAAGCUGAGCGCUUCGCCAUCAGCAUCAAGUUCAACGAUGAGGUGAAGCACAUCAAGGUGGUGGAGAAGGAUAGCUGGGUCCACAUCACGGAAGCCAAGAAGUUCGAGAGCCUCUUGGAGCUGGUGGAGUACUACCAGAGCCACUCGCUCAAGGAGAGCUUCAAGCAGCUGGACACCACGCUCAAGUACCCCUACAAGUCCCGGGAGCGCGCCGCCCCCAGGGCCUCCAGCCGCUCCCCAGCGUCCUGUGCUUCCUACAACUUCUCUUUUCUCAGUCCUCAGGGCCUCAGCUUUGCCCCCCAGGGCCCUUCCGCUCCCUUCUGGUCAGUGUUCACGCCCCGCGUCAUCGGCACGGCGGUGGCCAGGUACAACUUCGCUGCCCGGGACAUGCGGGAGCUCUCGCUGCGGGAAGGCGACGUGGUGAAGAUAUACAGCCGCAUCGGCGGGGACCAGGGCUGGUGGAAGGGCGAGACCAACGGACGGAUCGGAUGGUUUCCCUCGACGUACGUGGAAGAGGAGGGCAUCCAGUGACCGCAGGGGCACGGACAUGGUUUGCGGUUUUCUCCGGAGCACGUCCCCGGCCCUGAAGUCAUCUCUGGCUCCUCCGUUACUCCCAGGGGAGACGCCCACCAAGCUGCCCGUCAUGGACAGUCUGAAGGGGUGGGAGGGCUCUUGGAAUCCUAAUCUCGGACCAUUUCCCUGCCAUUUGCCCCGGUGGCCUGCGGUGGGUACGCUGCUUGUACAUAGAGGAAGCCUGGGCCAGCCCUGCCCAGUGUGGAGAGGUGGCCAGCGCCAGCCACAUGGCAGACCAGGCCCUGGGUGGCAGUGGAGCCAGAGGCUCAUCGCGUGCCCCUCUGGAGGAGACAGCACUCGGGUGCCUAGGAUUAAACAGCAGAUGGUGUCUCCGGGGCUGGGGACAUCAGAGGGGCACCCAGACUGUGCGCUCAGCCCUAGACUCAGCCCCUCUCUCUGCUGCCCCUGGGGGUCCUGGCCGAGACGGGCAGCAGGAACCAGAGCCAGGCUGUUUGCCGUGGUCCUGCUCAGCCUACUUUGCUGGGGUACAGAGGUAGGGAGCUCAUGGGGGUCCCCAAGCGCUGCUGGCUGCCGGGACUUCCCACCACGUGGGGCCUGCAGACCUCACAGACAGCCAGUUCUCAGGAGGCCCCGAGGGACAGGACCUGGGGAUCCCGCCCCCAGUCAACGGUACUGUUUGGGGCCUUGCCAAGCCCUCCUUGAGCCUGCUGCCUGGCGGUGACACGCCUUCUGUAGAUCCUGCGGGCACGGUCAUCAGUAACCACGCCCCGCUUGCUGCCCUCCCUCCUCCAGGCUGUGCCCUGCAUGGGCCCGGGGUCUGUCAGCCUUUGCAAGAGAUCAGUUCUUGCCCGUGGGCGGUCUCCCUCCAAGGGUCCCUGUGGUAGCACUUAGGCCACAGUGAACCCGAAAUAAGUGCCCUUGGGGGUGGCUGUACCCUGUUGCCUCUCCCACUCUCCACAUCCUCGAGGGGACCCCUGCUGGCUUGUCCACACCCCAUUCUCUGCCCUGAGGCUGUGUAAGACCCUGUGACUCUUGUUUCCCUCUUAGUCACAAGGCAAAACUUGGGGCUUCCUCUGGGCCCCUGUGUCCUUGUCAGCUGCACAGCCCCAGGCCAGGAGGGGACGGCCAGGCUGUGGGGCGCUGGUCCUGUGUGCGAAACACAGGUGCCUCAGGCCAGGCGAGUAGCUUCUGUACUCGAUUUGCACCCCAGCAGCUGGGCGUGGGGAGGAGGUGGGCGGGUGGGGAGGAGAGGAAUGGGGGCAGCGAAGAGUGAGCUCCGAGAAGGGGCACAGCCUUGGGGGCCCAGGACGGCAGGGAUGUCGCGGCCCUGCCUGCGGGCUCACCGUCAGGACUUUCGCAUAGGUUUUCGUUUCCUUGUGUUUUCUUCUGCCCGUUUGUUUUUUAAGGGGAAAAGAUUGAGGUUAUUUCCUCCACACCUCCCUGCUCUAUCUGUGAGAGAGAAGGGAGAUUUAUCGCCGGCACCAGGCCAUGGGUAUUUGUGCCCGUGGCCCCAGAACACUGAGAAAUGCGGUCCGGAGCCUGGGUUUUGUGAAUGUUUUGUUCUGUGUUUGUUUUGAUCUUUGUGUUUGGUUUGGCUUUCUUUUUGCACUGUACCGAGCAGGGUGGUGGGAGGCGGGACGCCCCAAGGAGGGCUGAGGACCUGGCCCCGAUCAGCUGUGAGCGUUUUAGAGCCCCUUGCAUGCAAGUCAGGGAUCUGGGGUUCAGCUGCCAUGACCCCAAGUGAAACACAAACUGUACAUUUGCCAAUGGGUUUUUUCAGACCACGGUUUUUACUCCCAAUAAACCUAUUUUCUUUUCUGCUGGAA